GGUAAAUCGGUUGGAAAGGCAAGGAACCAAGCCAAGCCAAACCUACAUCCCCGCUUCCCCUUCUUUGCUGACAUCCACCCCAACCGUGUCAUCAACCAGCAUUGCUGAAAGAAGGCAACAGAUUGCAUGACAUUGUUGGCAGUGCACAACACAUCUCAAGUCAUCAUGGCUGAUUCAAUCGACAUGUCUUUUGGUCAGCUAGGUGAAAAAGUGGCAGACAUCCUCACGCCGUACAAGCCGGCCUAUUCUGUCUUUGGACUCGAACUUUUGAAAUCAGAUCCCAUUAUCGACUUCGCCAAGCGAUGGGGAUUCAAAGUCGUCACCUACGACCUCGACCCUUAUCCCCUCCACAUGGCGGCCAUCAUCGCGGUUCGCAUGCUCAUUUUCAUCAUUGUCACCACCACCAUUACCUACUUUAUGUACCACGUAAAUCAGCACAAUUCGCCCCUGAUCAAGUAUGGAACUGUCGGCGGCCUCAUUACCACCUUCAUGGCCUGGCCGCUGGUCACGGGCAUGUCAGGCGUGAUGCUCCUCGACUUUUGGCGGCCAGCUCUCGGCUUCAGAACAUCUCUGCUGACAUGGGAUAUUUUUAUCAUUCGAACACGCGAAGAGGUUGAAAGCUGGAGUUUCCCUCGCUUUCUUGCGCAUCUAUGGGCAUUCCCCAAGGAGGAGGAAGUCAUCGCAGAACGCGAGCGAAUUGAAGGCCGCAAGCGCAAUCCUCGCUUGGAGAACCUCAAAGGAAUGCCAACCGUCAUUGUGAUGUUCUUUCUACUUUAUUUUAUCCCACCGUACGAGUACACGAUUGGCAUGAGUCGUCUCAAGUAUCACAUCUACUGCGAUAUCCUCGGCCUUGAUAUUUUGAUGGCGCUUGCAUUGUUUGGGGAUGGCCUGCUGAAAGGACUCGGAAUUAUUCUUGGUGUCGAGAUGGCAAACAUGUUUGAGAACCCACUGGGGACAACCAACAUCCGCUUGUGGUGGAGUCAUUGGAACAGAGCAAUCGCAACGGUUCUUCACCGGGUGGUGUUCAAAGGGGGACAGAACAAGCGGUGGAAGGGAUCGGCGCUGACGCAGGAUGGAGCACGUCUCAUCGCACUCAAAACACGAGAUCACCUUGACCACCUCUCGGAGACUGAUGGAGAGGGUAAGACGGAUGACGAGAAUGAGAAACGUGGAAGCCGCUCGCGCUCCGGUCUCAAGCCCAUGACUCCUGCGAACGGCAACGGCGACGGCGACGGCGACACAGCCCAAGGCAAGCUGCAGGCGUCCAGCAAGUCUCGUUCGCCGUUCAUGCCAAAGGCCAUGGCGGCUAUUGCAACGUUUGCCAUGAGCGGUAUUUUCCACGAGCACAUUACCUAUUUCACCCUUGGUUUCGCUAAUGGAGAGAAUUUCUUCUUUUUCCUCGCCAAUGGAUUCGCCACUGUGCUCUCCACCUGGUUCAAACGAACUUAUCCUGAGACGAACACCAAGAUCCCUACCUGGCUCGCAGUCAUUAUGCUGCAUGCAUUCUUGCUCUCCGUCAGUCCCCUUUUCUGCUCCCCGUUCAUUCGGAGUGGUUUCUUCACACAAAUGGACGCGCUCAAAUACGAGAUCUUGCCCAUUGCGACCAGACAGAGAGGUAGUUUCAUUUUCUUGGUUGGAGAGUAGCCAAGGAAUCGGCACACAGAAGCCUUCCGGGCCGCCAGACAAGAGGAUCAAUAUCAUCCUUGCGUCUCAGUGCGUGGGUGCUCUUCUAUCAACGUUACGGAUGACAGCUAACGGGGUCCCUGAAGGAAUCCCUGAUGAAAUCAUCUACUAUUUCUCCGAUAGCCCCACUGGUGAAUCAUGCAGCUCCGCAACUUUCUGUAUACGUCGAUUGAUAGCAAUCGAUAGCUCAUCGCAUCAUUUGCA